AUGAGCGGCCGUUUGUGUCGGGUCCUGCAGUUUCACCUGCGGCUCUACCAGUGGCUCGGCUUCCACGGACUUCCCCUGCCGGGUGAUGGGAAUCCGUGCGGGAUGAGGAAGCGGCUGAUGGCCUGGAGCCUGCUCCUGCUCAUCUCGCUGAGUGCCCUGAUAGCGGCGUGCCUGACCAGCGGCGAGGAGUUCCUCUUUCUGGACGACAUGUUCGGUCGCGUCAAUGAUGCCCUAAAAUACGUAUUCGCUGAGUUGGCAAUAUUGGCCAUUUAUCUGGAAACCCUGAGCAGUCAGCGUCACUUGGCCAACUUCUGGUGGCUCCAUUCCAAGCUGAGCCGAAAAGUGGGUGUGGUCAGUCUAAGGAGUGAGGUCCAGCAGUUCCGUCGCUAUCUGCUCACCCUGUACGGGAUGAUGCUGAGUGAACUGGUGAUCUACUUGGGAUUGUGGCAGGUGCAACCACUGAGUCACCAUAUGCUCUUGUUUUGGAGCACCUACGAGCCGCUCGUUUGGCUCACUUACAUGCGAAAUGUGCAAUUUGUACUGCACUUGGAGCUGCUGCGACAACAACUGGCCAACCUGGAGCGGGAGUUGGGUCUCCUGGCGGAGUAUUCGCGAUUCGCCAGCGAAACGGGAAGGAGUUUUCCCAACUUCGAGGUUUUUCUGCGCCGCAGACUGCUGCAGAAACAGCGAUUGUAUUGCGACAUAUACGACAUGUUCAAAUGUUUCCAGAGCGCCUUCAAGUUCUCCAUCCUCGCCGUCCUGCUCACCAUCAACAUCCGCAUCGCCGUGGACUGCUACUUCAUGUACUACAGCAUCUACAAAAAUGUUCCCAAUCUCAAUUCAUAUUUAAUCGUGCCCGCCUUGCUGGAGAUUCCCGCCUUUAUCUACGCCUCGCAGAGCUGCAUGGUGAUUUUACCCAGGAUCGCCCACCAGCUGCAUAAUAUAGUCACUGAUUCCGCCUGCUGCAGCUGUCCCGAUCUCUCCCUGCAGAUACAAAACUUUUCGCUGCAACUUCUUCACCAGCCGGUGCGUAUUGAUUGCCUGGGCUUAACCACCUUGGAUUGCGGUCUGCUUACGCGGAUUGCCUGUUCGGUGGGCACCUACAUGAUCUACACCAUCCAAUUCAUGCCGAAAUUCAGCCCUCAAUAUAUUUAG